CGACAUCAUGUCCUCCCACUGAUGUUCCUGACUUCUCCCUUCUUUCCCGCCCGUUUCGUUCCGUAUCCUACCUAGUCUUGCCUUUCCAUCACCGUUGAUUGAAAAGUUGCUCUCUUCCUUAUUAUCCGAAACCUCAAACCUACAAUGAAACUGGGAUCCGCCCCCCUCACACAACUCGCAAUCUUUUCCACACCGUCCCCCUACUCGCACUGCCUUUGUUCCGUUCCACUGAUCCUCUCUUCUUUUCUUGUCGAGCAACUAUCCUCACUUACCUGUCACAUGAAACAUCUAAACCCAGGAGGGGCUACCCAGCUGUGUUUUUCCCUUAUUAUCUGCAAGGGUCCCUUUCAAAUUUCAUCUCCGGGCUUCUCAGGCAUGUACAAUCAGGGACCAGGACUAUCGAUACUACAAAAUGAAAUGAAAACCUAGUGUGAUGGAACAUGACCAUUCUUUAUGCCUGUAUGCCACUGAGCAGUAGACGUAGAUUUAUCACUCUUACCUAUCAGUGCUAUCAACGAAA